AUGCAAUUAGUCAAGAAAUAUUCUAAGUUAAUGUACGGUAAGUUUGAGAUGUGUCUUAUGGGGGAGUUGAAUUACUUCCUUGGUCUUCAAAUUAAGCAACUCAACGAAGGGACAUUCGUGUGUCAAACCAAAUAUUGCAACGACUUGCUAAAGCAAUUUGGUAUGGAAGAUGCAAAAUUUAUUGACACUCCAAUGCCCACAAAUGGACACUUGGAAAGGAAUGAAAAUGGUAAGGAUGUUGAUCACAAGAAGUAUAGAGGUACAAUUGGCUCUCUUCUAUAUAUUACUGCAUCUAGGUCGGAUAAUAUGUUUAACGUGUGUAUGUGCGUUCAUUAUCAAUCGACUCCUAAGGAAUCUCAUUUAAAAGCCAUAAAACGCAUUCUUAGAUAUCUUCAUGGUACUUCUAAGUAUGAGCUUUGGUAUUCUAAGGGAAGCGAAUUUAAUUUCGUUAGUUAUAACGAUUUUGAUUUUUCCAAUUGCAAAUUAGAUAGGAAGAGUACUAGUGGAACUUGCCACAUGUUUUUAAAUUCCUUAGUAAGUUGGCAUAGCAAGAAACAAGUUUCCUUUGCUUUGUCAACCGUCGAGGCGGAAUACGUAGCAGCCGAUUAUUGUUGUGCUUAA